UUACCAAGCAUUUGGAAGGAAAACAAACAAAACAAACACACAGACAAACUCUUAACGGUUAGUUUUACGACUUUGUAGUAUUUUUUUAUUGUUGCAACUACGAAAUAAGAACAUCACGCUAUGGAAAUUACCAGAGGACCAUUAGAUGACACAUCGCGACCCUCAUCGAGUGAGCAGCCAGGUAGCCGAAUAUCAUCGACGUUUGAGCUCGAUGUUUUGACCAGCGACGCUGAUAUUUACCAGACCCUUUCAGAUCAGAAUAUCACGGAGGUUACUGAGUAUGAGAGUGAGAAUUUUAAGCUACAGAAAGCCUUCGAGGAAAUGAGAAAGCUCGACGAAAGACUGUAUGUAGAAGCCUGCAAAGAAAAAGGAAUCCGGCGUCAAGGAAAAGAGCUUCAAGCACAACUCUGGCGAGAUUUUCUGCUGAAUAAACCUGAUGGACAUCGUGAAUGUGCUAAUGAAGCUUUGAACACAAAUUUAUUUCUGGGUUUGGAGGCCCACACAGGAGAAGAGGAACCCUUUUCUUCUGUGUUUGAAACGGAAGUUACUGACUUUGAGCAUGUUGGAGACAACCAGUGGUUGGAGGACAGCUAUCAAGAAGUUGGUGAUAAUCAGUUGAAAGGCAGCUGGUUUGAAUCUUUCCAAAGCAAGAAUACACAAAAGAACUUUGAGCUGGUAAGUGGCGAGGUGCUUUUGACCGAUGCGCAGAAAGUGCGUCUGGCUGAGCUCCUUCGAGAAAUAGACGAAGAAGAAGAGAGCGGCACCAGAGGCCCAGGCAGCAAGGACACCAUGAGGGCUGGGUCAGUACUGACAGGCCAUGGUUACACCCCAGAGCCCCCUGAUCUGGAAAAGCUUAUUGAAAUUGACUCCAAAAUUCACCUUCUCCUUCCUGCCGAAGAAUAUCACUUACUCCAAAGCUCUUACACAAACAUUUCUCUGUAUCUGGGUCUUGGCUCCAAGGUUGGCUGGAAGUGUGAUGGAGACCGGCAGCCAGGGGAGACGGUCCUGCAGGACAUAAAGGAGAGGAGAGAGCAGGAGUUGCGGCUCCAAGAGAUCCAACAGCAGCUGGAGAUCCUGGACUGUCGCCAGGAGAUGAUUAGCGAGUCCCCCCCCGUCACUGAGGAGCAGUUGCGUAGCCUGCUGGAUGAAUGUGAGCUGACGGAGAGCUGGAUCCAGGGCCGUGAGGGGAAUGAGACGUCAGGAGAUCUCGAAGACGAUCACUUGUCCUUCUGAUGUCCUGUCAUCAAAAUGUGUGAUUGCUGGGAUUUACCUUAACUUUUUUGAAUGUAUAAUGAUCCCAUAUUGAAGUA